AUGUCUCCUCCAGCUGGUGAUGCCCGGAAGGAGUCCAACCUCGCUCGGCUGCUGGGAUCUGGCUCUGCUGGUAUUUCUGAACUGGCUAUCUUCCACCCGGUCGAUACAAUUGCCAAGCGCCUGAUGAGCAACGAGUCAAAGAUCACAUCCUCGGUACAGCUGAACGCAGUCAUCUUCAAGGACAAGGCAACAGCACCUCUGGGACGCAAGUUUGUCUCUCUGUUCCCCGGCCUGGGCUAUGCCGCUGGCUACAAGGUCCUGCAGCGCGUGUACAAGUACGGCGGCCAACCCAUCGCCCGCGACUACCUGACCACACACUAUGGCAAGAACUUCGAGGCGGCCUUUGGCAAGAAGACCGGCAAGGCUAUCCUGCACUCUACCGCCGGCAGCCUGAUUGGCAUUGGCGAGAUCGUCCUGCUGCCGCUCGACGUCCUGAAGAUCAAGCGUCAGACCAACCCGGAGGCUUUCCGUGGUCGCGGCGUCCUGCGCAUCGUUCGUGACGAGGGCUUCGGCCUCUACCGUGGCUGGGGUUGGACUGCCGCGCGCAAUGCGCCUGGCUCGUUUGCUCUCUUCGGUGGCUCGGCCUUUGCCAAGGAAUUCGUUUUUGGCCUGCAGGACUACAACAAGGCCAGCUGGUACCAGAACUUUGUCGCCUCGAUUUGUGGUGCCUCUGCAUCCCUCGUUGUCUCCGCGCCCCUGGACGUGAUCAAGACGCGCAUCCAGAACCGCAACUUUGAGAACCCCGAGGGCGGCUUCAAGAUCCUGUCCAACAUGGCCCGCAACGAAGGCUUCUCCAGUUUCUUCAAGGGCCUGGUGCCGAAGCUUCUCAUGACCGGCCCCAAGCUCGUGUUCUCUUUCUGGCUGGCGCAAACGCUCAUCCCGGCUUUUGAUAACGUGCUGGCGAAGCGGUAG